AUGGAUUUCAGCUCUCCUACAUUGACGAUAUCUCUAUCACAACCUCCUCAACGUCUACUAAGAAAAACGUUAAGAUCCUACAAAGAGAAGUCUAAUAAGCUAGUCGCCAAAGGAAAAGAACUAGCCAUUAAAUUCGAUAUAGCAAAGACAGAGCUUAUCCACUUUACAAAGAAGAAAGAAAGAAAAGAAAUACCUCUAGAGCUCCCUAGCAAGGAGAAAAUCUACCUCAAAGAUACGAUUAAGUGGCUAGGGGUACACCUCGACAACAAGCUAUCCUUUCGAGGGCACGUAGCUAUCCGAGCGAGCCAAGCAAAAACAACUUUUAAUAGACUAGGGAGACUAGCGAAUAUAGACCGCGGUCUAUCCCCCUUUACUAUUAGACAACUAUACCCAGCAUGCGUUACGAGCAUUACAGAUUAUAGGUCGCCAAUCUACUAG